AUGGAUAGCUUUGUGUAUAUUGUAAUUUCGUUGCUGCUGAUGAUGCCGCAAUUUUAUUUAACUACUGAAGGAUAUAGCCAUCGGCAUCCUGGCUUCGCCCAACGUUUGCAGAUUAAGCCUGACUGCUUGCAAGUGCCUCAGAAAUACACCGAAGCUCCAACUCCAACACCCACAAUCAUAUUUUCUUCGUUGGAGGAGAUCAACCGAAGAGAUCUUGAUUAAUAAUCCUUAAGAAUAAAUUC